AUGGAGGCCUCUAACAAUACUGACGCCGUCAACCUUGGCGUUGGUGAAGUAGAAGCAGAAAUUGGAGAAGAACUAAAACAAUUAGAGGAAGGAAAAGAUUUUGAUACACGAAGUGAAGUAACUAGUUCAUCUUCAAGCGAGUCAAGUACACCGAGUAUUAGUUCAGUCAGCACUAAAUCCAAAGAGAGACGCGCAAAUCGUAAACGAACUAAGUCAGAAAGCCAUUCACCUGUACAACAUAAACGACGAUGUCUUACAACCACUAACAGUAAGGUGAAGACUUAUGAUUAUAUGACAAAGUUGAAUUAUUUAUUCAGAGACACCCGAUUCUUUUUAAUAAAGUCGAACAAUGCAGAAAAUAUUACAUUGUCAAAAGCGAAAGGAGUCUGGUCUACGUUACCACAGAAUGAAGCCAAUUUAAAUCAGGCUUAUAGAGAAUCCCGAAACGUGCUACUAAUAUUUUCAGUGAAGGAAAGUGGUAAAUUUGCUGGUUUCGCUCGUCUAGCAAGCGAGUCACGUCGAGAUGUUGCCCCUAUAUCAUGGGUACUGCCACCUGGGCUGUCUGCUAAAGUUUUAGAUGGUGUCUUUAAAGUUGAUUGGAUUUGUAGAAAAGAAUUGCCUUUCAGUAGCACUCUUCACUUAUACAAUCCAUGGAAUGAAGGUAAACCUGUCAAAAUUGGCAGGGAUGGCCAAGAAAUUGAACCUAAGGUUGCAGAAGAGUUGUGUAGGCUGUUCCCAGAAGAUGAAGGAAUUGAAAUGACUCCGAUUCUUAGAAAAUCUAAGGAAGCAUCUAAAAAGUCUUACCUAAAGAGUGGUGGCAACUACAGGACAUAUCGUGCCCCUUUGUCGUCAAGAGGAUCCAACUUUCGAAACCGUUUAAAUACAUCAUCAAGAAGUAGAAGAAAGAUGUUCAUGUCUCCAAGGAGUCGUAUUUCUUCAAGUUCAUAUAAACGUCGUUCUCCUUCACCAUACAUGAGAGAACGAUUACCAAUAUGGUUCGGCCGUAAUCGUGAGGGCUAUGGUAAUAGUAGUACUGCAGCUGAAGCAUAUGUAGCUGAAUAUAUGCGAUCAAUGCAUCAUCAGUUGCCACCAUUGCCUUAUGUGCCACCACCUGGAUUUAGUGGAGCACUCCCAGCUUAUGAUGGAAUACCACCACCACCUCCACCACCACCUCCGAGAUACUAUGACUUGGCUGAAUAUCCUCGUUCAGUGCUAGUGUAUGAUAAAAGAUCUUAUGAAAGAUCUGUGGAUGAGUUUUUGUGGCGUACUUCAGAUCGCUCACGUGCCCGUAGCCGUGAUCGUGAUUCGCAUAGGUCCUACCGUGACCGACGAUAA